AUGCAGGGUGCCGGGGGCUCCCGUCCUGGCAGCCACAAGUGUGCUGGCGACCAACAGGGGCCGGGCCUGUGCCAGGGUGAGAUCGAAUUCGGAGGGUCUGGGAAGAAGCGAGGCCAGGCACAGCGUGUCCAGAACCCUCCUCUCUCCGGCCUCAGCCUCUCCCGGGGGGAUGGGGACGCCCAGGUCACACAGCAGUCAAGACGGGGCCUGCGGGAGCCCCCUGGCCUCUGGCUGCGACCCUGCCCCCCCCCACCCUGUGGAGCCCAGCCCUCCCCUGUGCCCAGGGCCCCCUUACCCAGCAGCCCCAUACUCAGCACCCCCAUACUCAGUACCCCCGUGCCCAGCACCCCCAUACUCAGUACCCCCAUGCCCAACACACUCAUGUCACUGGUGGGCGAGGAGCGGCCCUUUGCCCUGAAGCCAUGGCUGAGGGACGUCCUGCGAAAGGGGCUGGUGAAGGCGGCUCAGAGCACACGUGCCUGGAUCCUGACCAGUGCACUCCAUGUGGGCCUUGCCCGGUACGUCGGACAGGCUGUGUGUGACCACUCACUGGCCAGCACGUCCACCAAGGCCCACGUGGUGGCCAUCGGCAUUGCCUCAUUGGGCCGCGUGCUGCACCAUCAGCUUCUGGACAAUGCCCAGGAGGACAGCCCUGUCCACUACCUCAUGGACGAUGGUGGCAACCAGGGCCCCCUCUGCCCGGAAAACAACCACUCCCACUUCAUCCUGGUGGACCCGGGCACCCCUGGGAAGGUCAGCGAGCCCGCAGAGCUGCGGCUGAGGUUGGAGAAGCACAUCUCGGAGCAAAGGACCGGCUGCCUGGGCCCUCCGCUCGCCCGGGCACCUGGGUGGCCCUCGUGCUGCGUCUGCUCCAGCAGCAUCGAGAUCCCCGUCCUCUCUCUGCUGGUCAACGGUGACCCCAGCACCCUGGAGGUGGGCAGCGGCAGCAGGACUCCCAGGGCCGUGGAGCACGCCGGCCCAGGGCUGAUCCUGGCGGGCUCGGGGGGCAUCGCCGACAUGCUCGCUGCCCUGACAAACCAGCCCCACCUCCUGCUGCCCCAGGUGGCCGAGAAGCAGUUGAGAGAGAAGUUUCCCAGUGAGAACUUCUCCUGGGAGGACGUCGUGCACUGGACAGAACUGGCAUACACCGGCCAGGACCGCAGUCAGGAGGGCGCCAACUCGGGGCCUUUGUCCAUCCUCGAGGCACUGGUGAAAGCCCACAAGAGCCGUAGCCAGGAGGCGCAGGACUGCCCGGAUGAGCUGAAGCUGCCCGUGGCCUGGGACCGCGUGGACAUCGCCAGGAGCGAGAUCAACAGGGACGUGCAGUGGAAGUCCCACGACCUGGAGGAGGUGAUGAUGGACGCGCCGGUGAGCAGCAAGCCUGAGUUCACGCGCCUCUUCGUGGACAGUGGCGCCAACGUGGCGGACUUGACGUACGGGCGGCUGCAGCAGCUCUACCGCUCGGUACCCCCCAAGAGCCUGCUCUUCCACCUGCUGCAGCGCACGCACGAGGAAGGCCGGCUGACGUGGGCCGGGCUGGGCGCCCAGCAGGCCCGGGAGCUGCCCGCCUUCUCCCUGCACGAGGUGUCGCGGGUGUUCAGGGACUUCAUGCACGACGCCUGCCGUGGGCUCUACCAGGCAGAGCAGGGCCCGGUCCGGCAGCCCACGGGCCAGAAGGGGCUGCUGGACCUGAACCAGAGGAGCGAGAACCCCUGGAGGGACCUGUUCCUGUGGGCGGCGCUGCAGAACCGCCACGAGAUGGCUACCUACUUCUGGGCCAUGGGCCAGGAGGGCGUGGCAGCCGCUCUGGCCGCCUGCAAGAUCCUCAAAGAGAUGUCCCACCUGGAGCGGGGGGCCGAGGGGGGCCGCACCCUGCGUGAGGCCAAGCACGAGCAGCUGGCCCUGGACCUCUUCUCCUAGUGCUACCGUAAGCUGGUGUGCCGGAACCGCUCAUGCAGCAGGGCCACGUGUCUGCACCUGGCCACCGAGGCCGACACCGAGGCCUUCUUUGCCCACGACGGGGUGCAGGCCUUCCUGACCGAGAUCUGGUGGGGGGACGUGGCCGCGGGCACGCCCAUCCUGAGGCUGCUGGGUGCCUUCCUCUUCCCGGGCCUCGUGUAUACCAACCUCAUCACCUUCAGUGAGGAGGCCCCUCUAAGGACGGGCCCAGAGGACCUGCAGGGGCUGGGCAGUCUGGACACGGAGAAGAGGCUGCUCUGUGGCCCGGGCAGUCGGUGAGGGCCCUGCGGAGGGUGGGCAGUGGCAGGGAGGCUGGGUGCCGCAGCUGGCCAAGGCGCCAGGAACUCAGCGCGGCCGAGGCCCCGAGCCGCCUCCUCGUUCACGCGCUGGCGGAAGUUCUGGGGGGCACCCGUGACCGUGGUCCUGGGGAACGUGGUCACGUACUUUGCAUUCCUCUUCCUGUUCACCCACGUCCUGCUGGUGGACUCCAGGUCCCCUCCCCAGGGGCUGUCGGGGGCUGAGGUCACCCCCUACUUCUGGGUCUUCACGCUGGUGCUGGAGGAGAUCCGGCAGGGCUUCUUCACAGAUGAGGACACGCACCUGGGGAAGAAUGCACUCUACGUGGAGAACAACUGGAACAAGUGUGGCAUGGUGGCCAUGUUCCCGUUCGUCGUCGGUGUCACCUGCAGGAUGCUGCCCUCAGUGUUUGAGGCCGGCCGCACGAUCCUUGCCAUCGACUUCAUGGUGUUCAUGCCCCGGCUCAUCCACGUCUUUGCCCUCCACAAGCAGCCGGGCCCCAAGAUCAUCAUCGUGGAGUGGAUGAUGAAGGACGUCUUCUUCCUCCUCUUCCUCCUGAGCAUGUGGCUUGUGGCCUACGGCGUGACCAGCCAGGCGCUGCUGCACCCCCAUGACGGGCGCCUGGAGUGCAUCUUCCGCCGUGUGCUCUACCGGCCGUACCUACAGAUCUUCGGGCAGAUCCCACUGGACGAGAUCGACGAAGCCUCCGUGAACUGCUCCGUGCACCCCCCGCUGCUGGAGGACUCGCCCUCCUGCCCCAACCUCGACGCCAGCUGGCUGGUCACCUUCCUGCUGGUCACCAACGUGCUGCUAAUGAACUCCCUCAUCGCCAUGCUCAGCUACACGUUCCAGGUGGUGCAGGGCAACGCGGACACUUUCUGGAAGUUCCAGCGCUACCACCUCAUCGUGGAGAACCACGAACGCCCCGCCCCUGCCCCGCCCUUCAUCCUCCUCAGCCACCUGAACCUGGUGCUCAAGAGGUUCUUCCGGAAGGAGGCCCAGCAGAAGGGGGCGCGCCUGGAGAGGGACCUGCCGGAGCCCCUGGACCAGAAGAUGGUCACCUGGGAGGCGGCGCAGAAAGAGAACUUCCUGAGCGAGCUGGAGAGGCGGAGGAAGGACAGCGGGGAGGAGCUGCCGCAGAAGACGGCCCACAGGGUGGACUUCGUAGCCAAGUACCUCGGGGGCCUGAGAGAGCAGAAGCGGGUCGAGCGUCUGGAGUCUCAGGUCGACUACUGCACGGCGCUCCUCUCCUCCAUGGCCGACACGCUGGCCCGCAGGAACAGCUACUGGAGUAGUGGAGCCCCCCAGCAGGAUGUGGCUCGGGGCUUUGCCCUGCCCGGCACCUUCCCUGGACGUCCUGGGCCCGGGGUGCAGCGGUGUGUCGUGGGUCCCCCCUGA